UGAACACACUGAACAGAGAUUGAAGAUACUCAGUUGAGCCUAUUUUCUUCGCGAAUUUAAGGUAUACUUAGAUGCAUGUAUUUUAUUUUUAUCACUUCAGUUAAUGAUAGGCAGAGCUGUUCGUGCACGUGGUUGAUAAAUUUGUGUGUUUGACUAAGGAAGAGUUUGUUAGACUUGGGCCUCGAACUGGUUCAGAAACAGACCAUCUAUACCAGCAGCUUUGGCCAAUGUUUUUGAAGGUAAAAACCCUUCUGUUGACAUAAUGUCGAUGUUCACAGUAUUAUGGUACACCAGAUAGGAUGAAUCGAGGACGACAAUUUGAGACUAUUUUGAUAUCAAUUGAGGUAUGCAGAGAACAGUUUUUGAUUACGUAAUGUACAAUGAGCGCGCAACUUUGCCUCGAGACUUUGGAGUGUUUUCACGGACAUAGUCCGCGGAAUAUAAACGGCUUGGUGAAGUUUGUAGAGAUGUUUAGUUUGACGAUGCUAGGCAUGCUAGUGUCGUAUUAACGGGUUUUGACUGUAUACGUAACAAAUACUGUAUACCAGCUGGAAAAACAAAGGGCAAAUAUUGCGAUAACUUUCCACAAUUGGCACCACGAUGAUUUCAUUUUAGUACUAUCGCUAGUUCUUAGGCCAGAUUCCAGUUCGUUUUUCAAGUCUUUUUCAGUUCUAACUUGGUGAUCCCAGUGAGCAGCCCAUUCCUGAUAUAUAUAUGGGCUCAUGCAUCUUGCAAAUGAACUAUUGUGGGUUUUUACCAUAAGCAUCAUACAAAUUAGAAUGGACGGAAGUUUUGUUCCGAGAAAGUUCAAAGAGCUAGGUUCGUUAACUUAUCAGGGGCACCCAACGUCAAUUUUUGGAAAAUAUCUGUUCGGAAGACGAUUUGAGAUCUAGAAUUUUCGGAACAUCUUUGUUGUAAAAUUUCUUGCUUGCAUGCCUCUCCUAGGAUUUUCGAACAUCUAAAAAAUGGUAUAAUUGCCCAUUUUUAACGGAUUUUUACCCUAAAAAGGUCACCUAGAAUUUUUCGGAGCCUUUUUUCUGGCUGAAAUUUUCGAAAAGGUAAGUUUUGAUCCCUGUAAUUUUCGGAUCACUAGACUUUCACCUAGGAAACUCGAACAGAUGAAAAAUCUUUAGGGGAUAAAAAUAUGCCUAUAUCUACCGUUUAAAUACUAAAAUACGUUUAACAAUGCUAUGUUAUAAAUAAGUUCAAUUUUCAGCUCUUUGUAAGCAGUAUCUUAGACAGAAGCAACCAUCAUUUACAUCAUAUUUCGGUAUAUCGAGCAAAGAUUUUUGAGAUAUUACUCAGCCUAGUCCUUGGGCGUUCUCCGCUAGGUCAAUCUUGGAAUCUACCUUGAGCUUACCAGACUUAGCGAGGACAGCGGGGCAAGAGAGAACGCCCUUGACAGACCACGCUGGAUAUUGCUAAUAGCCAGGAAGUAAUCGGCUCCUGUAAUAACUUGUAAUAGCAUAUGAAAGCUACCUAGGCAACCAAAGUAAAUAAAGAUUUUUCCUAUUAUUUUAGCAGGUACUUCCAAACACCACCCCUCCCUGUGCAAGGGGGGUGAGCCAUCAGCAUCGAAGAUGGUUGUUGCCAAGUCAUUUACAUUCAAUAAUGAGCAAUUAAACAACUUCAAAUUUACAACUAUUGUCAUAGAUGAAUUCCCUAAAGCUCUACGCCAGACAUUCAAACGGAUGUGGGAUCUUAAAUUUGGACCUGGAUCGAUCUGGGAUGACUCCACUGGAGUGAGAAACUUGUUUCUGGCAAAAGAGGGAGGCAAAACCAAAGUUCCAACAAACAAGUCCUACGAGGAGUGGCAUUGCACCGCGCUGUUCCAAGCCACUAUCUACGCGCAGUCGUUUGCUGAACCAGACAAAAAGGGUAACCUCAAAACCCUUGGUGAGUUGUACGUUAAGCCCCGUGGAUUCAUUCGUCAUGGAAGUUUCCACGCUUCUGUGUUGAGCCCGGUUGGAAACAAAGCGGAAACGUUUGCCCUGGCGAUUGAUCAGCUGCGACUCUUACGAAAUAAAAUAUCUCAUUUAAUCAGUUCAGAAAUAGAUAAAGUAACAUUUGAUAAUUACAUCAAGCUUGCUAGAGAUGCAUUCAAAGCUCUUGGGGUGGCGACAGAUCGCAUUGACACCGUUGGAAAGCUAACAGAGUCUCAUUUCCCCACAGCAGAGGUUAGGAAGCUAAAGCAAAAACUGAUGAUCGAGAGAUUUGUUUUAUUUAAUUAGGCUGACUUUGUCCCAUAUGCUAAAAGGAACCUGGCAAAGUUCAAAGCCUCAAUGAGUUUUAAGGUUCACGGAUAUAGAAUUCACAUUAAGUUUUUUAAAUACUUUGAAGUUUUGAAUAUAUGAAAAUCAUAUACUGUAUGUGUACUGAGGAGUGAAGAGGUCGCAGAGGUCAAGGGUUAGAAUCCUGUAAAAUUCACGCUUUCUUUUCGCAACUGCAAAAGUUGCGUUUAUAACUGCGGUGAUCAUCCUUCAUUUGAUAACAGUUAUAAUAUUAAAGGUUUAUUAAGAGCAUUUCUAUAAAAAAAUGGUUGCCAUCUGGUAAUAAAAUAUAUAGUAUAUAUUCGGUUAGAAAAAUUACACUGAACGAGACUCCCGUAUCGGAUGAAUAAAUGAGUUAAUGAAUCGGUCAAUGAACUAAUGAAUCAAUGGAAUCAAUGGGAUUACUAUGAACCAAUGGAUUAAAGAAUCAAUGAAUAAAUGAAUCAAUGCAGUCAAUAACCGGUAACAAAUAUUUGUCUAAUGGGU